GGUCCAGCAGAUAGAGGCGGCAGCAUGCUCAGCGCAGUCGCCGCACAAUGCCACAUACAAACUUACCCGAGCUGUGGAAGUAGACAUCUUUACCUUCAUGCCACCGCAAGGGUGACAACAGGAGCCAAACACAUAGAGCCAAAGAUCAGAACUACAGCGGUCAAGCAUCAGCAGCCGCUCUGGUGAUCCGCUCUGCUCAGCACAUUCAGUAAGGAGAUUUAUCACACGCAACCUGAAGAGAUGAGCAGCGGCAAGAAGAUGGAGGAUGAGGCGGUGCUGGACCGGGGGGCAUCCUUACUCAAGCACAUCUGUGACGAGGAGGAGGUAGAGGGUCACCACACCAUCUACAUCGGCGUGCACGUGCCCAAGAGCUAUCGGCGUCGGAGGCGUCACCGCCGGAGAGCUGGCCACAAGGACAGAAAGGAGAGGUUGAUGGAGAACACCUCUGACAAGUCCGACACAGAAAACAACGAUGAGGCCAGCAACAGCAUCCUCAAACCUCUCAUCUCACCAGCAGCCGAGAGGAUCCGCUUCAUCCUCGGUGAGGAGGAUGACGGCCCAUCACCCCCCCAACUCUUCACUGAGCUGGAUGAGCUGCUGUCAGUGGAUGGACAGGAGAUGGAGUGGAAGGAGACGGCCAGGUGGAUCAAGUUUGAGGAGAAGGUGGAGAAAGGAGGUGAACGCUGGAGUAAACCCCACGUGGCCACGCUGUCCUUACAUAGCCUUUUUGAGCUGCGGACGUGCAUAGAGAAAGGCACCAUCAUGCUGGACAUGGAAGCUUCCACUCUACCUCAGGUUGUUGAGAUGAUCACUGACAACCAGAUAGAGAUCGGCCAGCUGAAACCAGAACUGAAGGACAAAGUGAUGUACACAUUGCUACGGAAACAUCGUCACCAGACCAAGAAGUCCAACCUGCGCUCUCUGGCUGACAUUGGCAAGACGGUCUCCAGUGCAAGUAGGCUGUUUUCCAACCCGGAAAACGCUCGUAGUCCUCUUGAGACCUCUAUGACUUGCCUGUCGACUCGCGUGUCAAUGGAGGACUUGCAGACCCAAAGGAGUACCAGCAUGGACUGGCUUAAUAGUCCUACCACAACUCACCGGAACCUGACCUCCAGCAGCCUGAACGACAUUUCUGACAAACCGGAAAAAGACCAGCUGAGGAACAAGUUCAUGAAGAAGUUGCCGAGAGACGCUGAGGCCUCCAACGUGCUGGUGGGGGAGGUGGACUUCCUGGACGCUCCAUUUGUGGCAUUUGUUCGUUUGCAGCAAGCUGUGAUGCUGGGAGCCUUAACGGAGGUUCCUGUUCCCACAAGGUUUUUAUUCAUCUUGCUCGGACCCAAAGGCAAAGCCAAAUCGUACCAUGAGAUUGGCAGAGCGAUCGCCACGCUCAUGUCAGAUGAGGUCUUUCAUGACAUUGCGUAUAAGGCCAAGGACAGACAAGACCUGCUGGCUGGUAUCGAUGAGUUCCUGGAUGAGGUGAUCGUGCUUCCUCCUGGAGAGUGGGACCCGGCCAUCAGGAUAGAGCCUCCGAAAUCCCUCCCCUCCUCCGACAAAAGGAAAAACAUGUAUGCAGGAGGGGAUUCCCAGAUGAACGGAGAUAUGCCUCAUGAUGGAGGUCAUGGAGGAGGGGGACACGCUGUAGGGGAGGAGCUGCAGAAGACUGGAAGGUUUUGUGGUGGUCUCCUACUUGACAUCAAAAGAAAAGCGCCUUUCUUCCUCAGUGACUUCUACGAUGCAAUACACAUUCAGGCUUUGUCGGCCAUUUUGUUUAUUUACCUGGGAACUGUGACAAACGCCAUCACCUUUGGUGGUCUGCUGGGCGAUGCUACAGAAAACAUGCAGGGUGUGUUGGAGAGCUUUCUGGGCACAGCGAUCGCCGGUGGGGUUUUCUGUCUGCUGGCCGGCCAGCCUCUGACCAUCCUCAGCAGCACCGGUCCUGUUCUGGUUUUUGAACGGCUGCUCUUCAAUUUCAGCAGAGAUAAUGAAUUUGACUACCUGGAGUUCCGCCUGUGGAUCGGCCUGUGGUCUGCGUUCUUCUGCCUGGUGCUCGUGGCCACUGAUGCCAGCUUCUUGGUUCAGUACUUCACUCGGUUCACUGAGGAGGGCUUCUCCUGUCUCAUCAGCUUCAUCUUCAUCUACGAUGCCUUCAAGAAGAUGCUCAAAUUAGCUCACCACUUUCCCAUCAACUCAGACUACAGGAUCGACUACGUGACACAAUAUGACUGCCUCUGUAUGGCCCCUGCUGUUCUAGAGAAUAGUACAGACAUCAUUGAGGAUCCUUUAGAAGGUACCUCAGAAUGGAUCUGGAACAACACUGAUCUGCCAGCGAACGCCACAUGGUCGUCCCUCACAAGGACAGAGUGCUUAAAGUACAAAGGAGAGCUGGUGGGGAAGUCCUGCGACUUUGUCCCCGACAUCACCCUCAUGUCCUUCAUCCUGUUCUUUGGCACGUACACCUGCUCCAUGUGCCUGAAGAAGUUUAAGACCAGCCAGUUCUUCCCUACCACCGUGAGGAAACUCAUCAGUGACUUUGCCAUCAUCCUGGCCAUCCUCAUCUUCUGUGGAGUUGAUAUGCUCGUAGGAGUCGAAACUCCCAAACUCAUUGUGCCAACUGAAUUCAAGCCAACAAGUCCUAACCGAGGCUGGUUCGUGCCCCCGUUCGGAGGAAACCCCUGGUGGGUUUACCUGGCUUCGGCUCUCCCUGCUCUGCUGGUCACCAUACUGGUCUUCAUGGACCAGCAGAUUACUGCUGUGAUUGUCAACAGGAAGGAGCACAAACUGAAGAAAGGGGCAGGUUACCAUCUGGAUCUAUUCUGGGUGGCCGUCCUGUUGAUUAUUUGCUCCUUCAUGGGUCUGCCGUGGUACGUGGCCGCCACCGUCAUCUCCAUCGCUCACAUCGACAGUCUGAAGAUGGAGACAGAAACAUCGGCCCCUGGAGAGCAGCCGAAGUUCCUGGGUGUGAGAGAGCAGAGGGUGACGGGUGUGUGUGUGUUCAUCCUGACAGGACUGUCUGUAUUUAUGUCUCCUAUUUUAAAGUUUAUUCCCAUGCCUGUGCUGUAUGGAGUCUUCCUGUACAUGGGGGUUGCCUCUCUCAAUGGAGUGCAGUUUAUGGAUCGUAUCAAGCUGCUUCUGAUGCCAGCGAAGCAUCAGCCGGACCUGGUUUACCUGCGACAUGUCCCCCUCAGGAAGGUCCACCUCUUCACCUUCAUUCAAGUCCUUUGCUUGGCUCUGCUCUGGAUCCUCAAGUCCACCGUGGCCGCCAUUAUAUUCCCUGUCAUGAUCCUCGCUCUGGUGGCCGUCAGAAAAGCGAUGGACUACAUGUUCUCCCAGCAUGACCUCAGCUUCCUGGAUGACGUCAUCCCAGAGAAGGACAAGAAGAAGAAGGAGGAUGAGAAGAAGAAAAAGAAGAAACGAGGAAGCAUAGACAGCGACGCUGAAGACGAGACAAGUCCCCAUCAUUCCUUGAACGACACACAUCGUGCUGAGCAGCUUCGCUACUACAAGGCCAACUGCUUGUCCAGCCCUGAGAUGAGUCCGCUGAAGCCUGUGCCUCAGAUUAGAAUAGACAUGGACCCAGACGAUGAUAAUUCUUUCUACUGGAGGGGCAGAGGCUCUGAAACGUCUCUGUAGAGCACCAAACCACCGCCAGGCAACUCCUGCAGCACCCGCAAGACAACUUUUACUUUCCUUUAUAAACAAUAUCCUUUUUAAUCUCAGAAUCCUCUUCAUGAUUUCAAAACUUUGUUCUGAGUUUAUCGUACAGAAAAGAAAGGUCUAACACAACACACACAAAAACAAACGUUCUGUUUCUAAUGAUGAAGCCAUUUUAAAACCAUUUCUUUGCUCACAGUCUUCUCAGUAUUUUUCCUCACAGCUCCACAGUAAACAGAUAAAUGUAACUCCUUACUACUCGUCUAUGCAACUCUUCCCACAUAUCAACAGUAAAUGCUGCAGCUCUCUCUGACCGCGCAUGAAAUGCCCUCCCUGCUCUUUUUUUUUAUAAAUAUAUAUAAAUAUCAUCCGUCUGAAUUUUUAUAUAAAUCAGAAUUACUCUAAUAACGUUUUCCUGUAGCAGGAAAAUUAUGUUUUUAUAGCUCUACCUCUUGUUUUAGAUUAAAUGCUUAUGAACAAAUGCAACAUGUUGAUUUUUGACGCAGCAUGGGGUUUUGAUAUUUUCUCUCUGUCUUGUAGAGUUGAAACGAUUCAAGAGAUUCACUGUAUUAUAGCUUGUGAAGGAAACGUGUGCAAAUAGAUUAAGUUAAUUAACAGUUAAUUAACAAUGCACAUUUGUAUGUGCAGAUGAGGUAAAUAUUUUUAUUAUCACUUUUUGAUGCAGUUUUGAUCGCUCCACUUUCUCUUUCUAAUUUUCUGAAUCUUUCUUUUAUGUGUUCACUUCAAAGCUUUUGUUACUCUUUUAAAUUCAAUCAUUUCUUUUUUUUUUGGUUUUUCUUUUUUUAAUGAUUAUUUUGUGUGUAUGUUGGUAACUUUUUCCUAUGUCCUUUUCUUUCUUUUUUUGUGGGUAGAAAACAGUUCAGCGAUUCAUAAUCAUCUGAUUUUCCUCAGCCAAACUUAAACUCUAACUAGAAAUGCAUAUCAUAUAAAUCGCUUGUGCUGCACAAACUACUUUACCGAAGUGGCUUAUAAGAGAUUGAUCCAGACUGAAAUUAUUAUGGUAACGAUGUGAUAAAGGGAUUAGGAGGGAAUCAAAUCCACGUAAGCUCCACGCAGCAGGUUUAUUUCUUUUCGUGUCAGCUGCUGUUGGAAUGAUCUGAUGUGAAAAUGGGAUCACACAUUUCUUUUUGUGUUAUGUGUAAAACGAUGGGUUUGGAUUUUUUAUAUAAAGAGUCUGUCUAUAUAACACUCACGCAGUACUGUAUGUACACUGAGGAGUUAUCGAUCGCUGUCAUCUUUUUUUUUUUCUUUAAAAAUUACUCAAUCCGAUUAAUUGAUUCUUGAAUUAGUGGCUGAUUAUUUUAAAAGUUGUAAAGCAGUUCUACUUACAAGCCUGAAGUUUGCAGCUUGUUCAUGAUAAUUAACCCAUGCUCCAAUUGGACAGUUACUUUUUCAAGUUGUCGCUAUUGCAGUGCACAUUGAAGUAGUUGUUGUGUCACAAAGAAACAGUGUGAGAAUUUUGGAUUAAACAGACCACAAUUUUAGGGGAUACCCUCUUGAUUUGGCUCAAAAGACUUCAGCUAACUGUAAAAUACACUUUUGCUAAAUUUUGUCCCCCAUCUUUUUACAGUGAAGUAACAGUAGAACGAUACUGUUUUACAGCCAGUAUGGAGAGGAGAAAUGAUAACAGCGCACGAUAGCUUAAUAUUUUAGCGUAAAAUCCAAACUCAUCAUUAAAACAAAACAUCCACAGUUGUUUUUAGUGCUUAAUUUCAAUCUGCUAAAAUGAGGCAGAGGAUGUUGUACAAACUAUUUCACUGUAUUUCCCACAGAGUGGCCAGUGAGUCCACAGUCACAAAGAAGAAAAAUUGAGCCUCUUAGAUCUGACAACUUGACUUUUUCUGGCCAGUAUUACUAAAGCACUGUUCAUCAUGACAGUACCCCCACUUUAUCCGUAAAGGGCACACUGAAGCACUUUCUCACUUGGAUAUUUAAGUCUUUAGUGGAAGUCCUCUCUGUCUUCAUCACCACUAUCAAGAUAAAAUUAAACUGUGUGAUAAACGAGCCGCCUUCGUCCUCUGUAAAUCAUGUACAUAAAGGCAUGUGGGCGCGAACCAAAAUGCAACAACUUUGUACCCUCACGGUUCAUUGUGUUGAAUUUGUUUUUGUCAGUUAAUUUCAGUUCAUUAGCUGAAGUAACGACGCAAUUUAUUCUCCACAUCAGUGUUUUUAGUCGUCAACAGCAGCGAGUGGGAAAAAGUGUGACUUAAUGUCUGAGACAUAUAUGUGGGGAGUUGUUAGUUUAAAGUGUGUCGUACUGUGUGUCAGCAUGUCGGACAAAAAUCUACAACAUCAAGUGAAAAAGUUGUUAAUGAUGUUAAUUUUAGCAUAUGGAAUAAAUACUGAUACAUUUGUUUUGAUUAACUUUUUGUGACUUUUUAGAAACAGGUGAAAUGGUUUAUUUUAGAAUUUAUAUUUUUCAAAUGAAAUGUAUAUUGAAAAUAAACAGAAUUAUCGAACAGUG